AAAUACCGAUUCACCUUGCGCUCGGAAAAUCGCACAUUCCCGUAGCGCUAGCGACCUUCGCGAUUUGCAGGCGAACGUGACCGACUUAGAACCCCUUAACAGCGUCCUAACCCUUAACAAAAAUCUGACCACCACAUUAAACAUUAACAAUAACACGAACAAUGCGGAUAAAAUCGAGAACGACUGCAUGUCGAUCAUAAUUGGAAACGAUAAAAUGGAACAGCGGAUUCAGGGGCCGGAUAUAAUCAUCGAUCAGACCGACGCCGCUCCCGUAAUUCCGGGAUUCCUCCUACCGGAAGACGUCGACGUACUACCGCGACGAAAAAAGUCAAACGUCGACACCGAGGAGGACUAUCCCUUCGCCAAAGAGGACUACCCGACGAUGCUCAAGACUUGUAGCGACGAUUCGGCGAGUCCUCGAAGCUCUUCGGGUAGGUCUGACAGCACAGCGCCCCUCGACGGAAGUCUCGAUGGCGUCAAUAUGGAGACGAGCUUGGUUAUGGGUCACCGGUUGCACGGGGCGGAGAAGGAUUCGACCUCGAUUUACGAUGCACGUCGCAUCGACUUGGGAUCUCCCUGCAGGACGAUCAUGUCCGAGAUUAAAGUUGCACCACUUUUUAAUCGCGGUAGGGUGUCGACCUCCUUCGAUAAUCCAGCCUACGGUUUAGUCGGCCUGCAGGACAUUCAGGGGCUCUUGAUCAGGUCCGACGAAGUCUCCGACCUCACGAGGCUUAUCGACGACGCCCUGAUCACGGGGAAGUGCAAAGAACAGCCGACUGUCAACACGGGGAAACUGAGGAAGAGCGGGAAAAACGCGGCGAAAAAUUCUCUGCCGACUGUUGUUGGAUCCAGGGUCGUGGUGGAGGCGGAAGGACUGAGUCGCGCUGGGUCCACGGAUGACCUCAUCGAGGGUGAACCGACUGUCAACGUAAGUUCAAGGCCGAGGAACAGAAGUAAGAAACACUCGCCGAGUGGCUACUCGACUCUGAAGAGCGAUGCUUCCAUCGACUUUGGAUCAUCGUCGUUUGUCGUCGAGAAUGACAACAAAAUGUACAGAGAAAUGGCGGUCGAUUGCCCGAAGGAUUUUGUACCGAUGGCCAAGUCUCAUCCGGUUUAUCCACCGCCUGGGAAGACUUUGGGGACCCUGAAGGGAGGCGCUCUUAUCGAGGAGCAGCAUCGAGCGAAGAACGAGAAGCUUCAAUCUGCUGUCGCGAAAGCCAACAUCACGGACUGUAGUAAAACGAACGACCUUAACGAAAACGCGGACGCGGAGGCAAACAGUGUCCAAUUGAAAUCGAACCUAAACGAUGAUGUUAAAAAUGUUGAAUCGGUAAACAACAAUCGCACCACGCUAGACUCGAGCCAUAAUCACACUACCGAGAGCGUAAUCGUAGACAUUGUUGAUCAAAAAGACUCGAAGACUGGUCUGAACGGGGUAAAACCUGCGAUACCACCAAGAGACCAGAAGAGAGCCCCGGCAAGACCUCCGAAGGACAACAGAUUGUCGCAGAACAAUAACGUCGAACAAACGGAACCAACCCAACAGCAACUUCACUCCAUACAAAAAUACAAGGAACAACUUCGCAAACGGAAAGAUGAAGAAGAAAAACAGGAAUACUUGAAUCGGUCUCUACGUGGAUCUCGAAAACUCCACGCCCUAGAAAGUCAUUCGACGAGUCUUUCUGGACAAGAAAAUCCAGCCUAUGCUCAAGACGAAUAUGUCAAUAGAUCGAAUUCGAUUCUCAGUAAACCGACCAACUCUAUAACUUCGCCGGAAAUUAAAGAGUCUCCGAGACCGCUUACUUAUGGAGAGGUCGUGGCAACAUUGGAAAGGCUACAAUUGCAGCUCAGAAACGUUGCUGGAACUUUGGGAGUACCGUCGCCUGGUGUAGAAGCAAAAUUAGAAGCAGUUAGGACACUUUUAAUUCAAAGGCGUUUUGCAACUGCCCUAGCGACACACCAUGCGCUACGAAAUUGUUUGAGGGAGAAUGGUAAAACUGUGAAACCCUUACACCAUACCGAAGAUGCCGCCAAUCUGGCCCGAGACUGUGUCGAGGUGCUGGAGCAGUGGCAAACCUCAGCGAAGGGUGGCGGAAAUAGCGGAGAUUCGAUAGGACCCAUUGUAGAAGAGCUGACAAGUUUACUAACAAGUUAUGAAAUCGAGGGCCUUCUGUUAGCCCAUGAUUCCAUUAGUUCCUACGUUGACGGCCUUCAGCGUCGGCAGAGUCCGUCCUCAUCCUCGCCAAGCGGACCGCCAAGCCCCACUUCGAGCACCCAUGGAUCUAGAGUAGCUGAAAAUAUCAAAAUCAUUAGAAUCGAAAAGACUAACGAGCCUUUGGGUGCUACUGUUAGAAACGAAGGAGAUGCCGUUAUCAUAGGUCGAGUUGUACGUGGAGGAGCAGCGGACAAAUCAGGCUUGUUGCACGAGGGUGACGAAGUAUUAGAAGUUAAUGGAGUCGAAAUGCGAGGCAAGAGUGUGAAUGAAGUCUGCGAUAUUCUUGCCGGAAUGCAGGGUAGCUUGACGUUCCUUGUUCUACCAGCGCCAGUAGACCACAGGAAUAACGGCAACACGAACAUCCGCGAGGACACGACCCUGAUACAACAUGUGCGAGCACACUUUGAUUAUGAUCCGGAAGAAGACCCUUACAUUCCUUGUCGAGAACUCGGCGUAAGCUUUCAAAAAGGAGAUGUACUGCAUGUAAUUUCUCAAGAAGAUCCAAGCUGGUGGCAAGCUUACCGCGAAGGCGAAGAAGAUCAGACGUUGGCCGGUCUUGUUCCUAGCAAGAGUUUCCAACACCAGCGUGAAUCUAUGAAACAAACGAUAGCUGGUGAAAAAUCAACCGGACGUGGUUCGAAAAAAUCUAGUACGUUACUCUGUGCAAGGAAGAAUCCAAAAAAGAAAAAGAGAAGCAAGUCUGGCUCAAAUUUCAAUGACGACGGGUACCCUCUCUAUGCUACCACAGCUAUCGACGAUUAUGACAGCGAGGAAGUACUUACGUACGAAGAAGUAGCCCUUUACUAUCCCCGAGCGAACCAUAAAAGGCCAAUAGUAUUGAUCGGUCCGCCUAACAUUGGAAGACACGAACUUCGACAACGAUUAAUGCAAGAUAGCGAGCGCUUUGCUGCAGCAAUCCCACAUACAAGUCGGCCGAGGAAAGACUCCGAAGUAGAUGGGCAGGAUUAUCAUUUCAUAUCAAGAUCACAAUUUGAGUCAGAUAUACUGUGCAGGAAGUUUGUGGAGCACGGGGAAUACGAAAAAGCUUAUUAUGGAACUUCGGUGGAGGCUAUACGCUCUGUUGUGAACUCUGGUAAAAUUUGUGUACUUAAUCUGCAUCCGCAGAGUUUAAAAAUUCUACGCAGCUCAGAUCUGAAGCCAUAUGUAGUUUUUGUUGCGCCACCGAGCCUUGAGAAAUUGAGGCAGAAAAGGAUCAAGAAUAAUGAAAACUUCAAGGAAGAUGAAUUAAAAGACAUAAUUGAAAAGGCUAGAGACAUGGAAGACAAGUAUGGCCAUUUGUUUGACAUGAUUAUUAUUAAUAAUGAUACUGACCGGGCGUAUAAUCAGUUGCUUACUGAAAUCAAUUCUUUGGAAAGAGAACCACAGUGGGUUCCCGCAUCUUGGCUUCAAUAAGAACAAGGUAUAGAUGAAAAACAAAAAAAUGAACGAAUGAUUUGUGGUACACACGAUAGCCAGUAGCUUCUGAAACGAAUAUUUCCUCAAACGAAAAAAGGAUCCAUUCCGAGAAUUGGACAGUAUUAACGUCUUAAUUCCUUAUCAAAUUUUGAAGUCAGAUUUAUCUCAGUUUGGUUGGAACAGGGUCAAUGUGGUCAAUGGCUUGCAUAUUUUUCACUAUUUUUAUAAGUAGACUCAUUUAUGAGAUAUUUUUUAAACAGAAUUUUUCAUAAUCUUCAAUUUUGAUACAGGCAAAGAUUUUCUAAUCUCUUGAUGGAAUGUACACAAUUAUCUCAAGUAUCUGAAGUUUUGUUCAAUUCAAGACUGCACACCAUAAUACUGGAUGUAAUAAGCAACACAAGUAAAAUACAACACCUUUGCCAAAGUAAAACCAGAUACGCCAUUAUGCAAUUUUGAGUAAGUUGAAAUGCUCUCAAAUUUGAUGAUGAAUGGUGAAAUGUGAGUGCACUGACUUGUGGAGCAAUAAAGUGGCAAUUGGUAGGAGAAAUAAUUUUGGUGGAUUAUUCGAAGCCAAAAACUUUAUUGAAAUAGGCAAAGCAUUGCACAAAUUGUAAAUGAUAAUAUUCUGAUCAGAAGCUGCAUGUAGGAAAAAAGUCUAGAAUCUCGAGA